CCUUCAGGGAUUUUUAUUUGAUUCACUUGAGAAACCUCGUUUUCAGCUGCCGGCAGCAACAUCACGAACUUGGUGUCCGAGAAUAUAGUCACGAGACCUCAUCAUUGCCCAACCACGAUCUUGACCCCAUGAUAAGCAUUAUCCUCUCACUCUUGGAUGCAAUCUUCGGCAAAAGGCGUCAACGUCAUUGAGGCUGAGCCUGAGAUUGCACAAAAGGACUGUCCUGUCUAUACAUCGAUUUGAUUAAUCGAAAUCCGUCGAAAUUCCCGCCGUUCAGCCAUCGUUCAUCCUUAUCGCCACCUGGUCCAUGAAGACCCGUCGCCCUGACGGCCGAGAUUGAUCUCGUUGCCUGCGUUAGAUAAUAUCUGGUGGAAAUACCCUCGUUUUCGAUAAAACAAGGACGAUACAAUAUAAUAUGCCUGGGUCGAGCACUGCAUCAUCCAGCCCGACUGAGUCAGGCACGCCGCCGAGGGUGCAGGCUGGCAGAAUGAGCGAAAGACCAGAGGCGCAUGGCUCUGCCAGCUAUAGCGGGUAUGAAGGGAGCUCUAGGCCACGAGCGUUCCCUAUCUGCCCUGGAUCUGAUCGUAAAAGGCGGUUGACGAGUACUGGUGAGGAUACCAGGCAGUGGUCACACGGAGGGUUGGCCGGACCAGCCCGAGAUAACGGGGGAAGCUCCCGCACUGCGUUACCGUAUAGGUCUGUUUCGAUGGUGAUGCCUUCGUCUCGAACACGGAGUUCGAUUUCUGCCACGGCUGGCUCUUCAUAUGCCACCGCCAUUGAUCUUUCCUCUUCUCCCCCCGAAACGCCUCGUUCCUUUGCUUCUGGGCAGCUUUCCAGGCGUUAUACACGCGAACCUUACACUUGGUCAGGCCAACCCAUGCCUAGUAGUCCGAAUAGCCAGAGCCAGGCUUUUAUCGACAUGUCGCUCCCAAACUGGCAGGCUGAUUCGGAUGUGACUGAAUGUCCGAUCUGUGGGACUGUCUUCAGCUUCUGGUACAGAAAGCAUCAUUGUCGAAAAUGUGGAAGAGUUGUAUGCGCUUCUUGUUCCCCGCAUCGUAUCACUAUCCCUAGGCAAUUCAUUGUCCGCCCUCCUGAUUCCGACCCUCUCGAAUCUUCACCAGUUCCAUCACAUCCUCCAGUUGUUGAUCUUACCGAUGAUGAGCCUGCUACACCCUCAUCGACCAUCAACCCCGCUCUUGGGGGAGGCGAGGAAGUACGUCUUUGCAAUCCUUGUGUGCCAGACCCUAAUCCAAAUCCUCUGGGCUUCGGCAAUGUACGAACCGGCCAUCGUUCUACUCACUCUCUUUCCUCUACCAUGCCCGGCACAUUCCAGAAUCUAUCGCGUGAUAAUCACAUCCACGACGCUCGCCAGGAACGACGCACUGUGGGCUCUAGUGACCGACCACAGUAUCUGGACCAAUUGAACCAAACUAGGCGGCCCUCUAUCCCCGGGACCCGACAGUUCCGUUCAUUUUCCAACCGUGAUGCCGGUCUGCCUCGUCGCCCAGCCCCGGAUGAGGCCGACUUCUGUCCGGUAUGCCGGCGUCAAUUCCCACCUCUCAGCCCGGAGCAUCCCAUUGAGGCCCGUCAAGCCCAUACCCGGGACUGCAUUGAGAGCUACUUGCGACCAGCUGCUGUGAACCGAUCAUCACCCGAGCAGGGUCCCCCACUGCCCGCUCCCCCACCUGAAGCCCGCAUGCUCAAGUUCGUGGCCACAGAGAAGGACUGUCUUGGUGGGGAUGGUCAACCAGCGGAGUGCACAAUCUGCAUGGAGGACUAUGAGGUUGGGCAGGCGUUGGCCCGCCUCGAGUGCCUGUGCAAGUUCCACAGUCACUGCAUUGUGGACUGGUUUGAUCGGAAGGAGGAAUGCCCUGUGCAUAAACUAUCCUAG